AUGAACACGGCGUUUUGGGUGUUGUGUUGUGCGGCAACACUGAGUGGCGCCUCCGCCAUCUCAAUAAAAUUGAGACAAAAUCCGGAGACUCUCUGCAUCGGCCAGGAGAACUUCCUGCGAAUCGCCAGUGUCGACAGCUGUCAUGAAUACUACCAAUGCUACGCUAGUCGAUCUUACCUCAUGCAAUGUCCUACCGACACCUGGUUUAAUGAAGAGGAACAGGUUUGUGACCGAUCAGAGCCUCCAGCCAACUGCCGCAGUGAAAGCGAGUCUGAGCCAGAGCCGGAAGCAGAGCCUGAACCCGAAACAGAAACGGAAACUGAAGCUGUACCAGAGCAGGAGCCAGAAUCCGAAUCGGAACCUGAAUCAGAAAAUGAGCCGGAACUGGAAUCGCAGCUUGAGGAAACAACGGAAUCAGUCGAAGAAGAAGGAGAAGAAGAAGAAGAUACUUCGGAUGGAAACAUUGAAUCCGUAGACGAAGAUAAAGACGAAAGCCGCAUUAAUUUGGAUAAUGCUCACGAAAACAAUAAUGACAACGACAAUGAAAACAAUAGUAAUCAGGAACAUGGUCCCAUUCAUGAUCACGACCAUGGUCCCAUCCAUAAUCACGACCAUGAUCACGACCAGGAUCACGACCAUGACCACGACCAUCAUCACGACCACGAUCAGGGUCACGACCAUAAUGAUGAUAAUGAUGAAGAGGGAUCAGGAGAAGAUUUUAACACGAUUCAAGAUGACGAACUUACGAAAUUUAUAAGAGCUUACAGACUAUAUAAACUUCAAGAAAUAAGUGAUUUUGAAGAAGCCCAAGAACUCGAAGAACCUGAAAAGUAUCAACAUCAAAGUCCACAACUAUUCCACUACCAUAACAAAAAACUGAGUGGAACACAAAAAGAAGGGGAGGUUAAAAUAAUUAAAGAAGAAAGAAGAGAAAUAAUAAAACAAGAUAAUAAUGGUAACGAAGAGGAGGACGAUGAAGAAACAGAAGAUGAUCUUCAACCGUUAAAGAAAACUUUACUAAAACAAAAUGAAAACAAUAGUGAAGAAAUAGAAGACGAAGAAGAUGAUGAGGACUAUGACGGUGAAUCAGAAUUAAAAAACAUAUUAUAUCAAGAAGAACUAAAACGAGUAAUACGAUCACGAAGAUCCAUUAACCGACAAAAUGAAGACGGUGACGAUGACGAAAAUGAAGCUGACGAAGGAAUUGAGAUAGAUAAUACAGACGAUAAUGAUGAAAAUGAUGUUAAAGAAAAAAAAUUAUCACGUCAAGUCGACAUUGAAGAAGAAAAUGAUGAUGAAUACGAAGAUGAAAACGUUGAACAAAAAAAAAGUAAACAGAGUUCACAAUUAAGACAAAAUGAAGAAGAAAAUGGUGACGAGCAAGACGCUGACGAGGAAAAUGGUGAAGAAAAAGAAAAUUUUAAAAGACAAGAGGAAGAAAAUUACAAUGAAGUUGAAGAAACCGGAAACUCAGAAGACUUAUUUCAGGGAGAAAUUGUAGAGAGUGAUGCCGCUGAAGAUAUCGAAAACACAAGAUGGUUCCGUCGCUUUAUUUUCAAACAAUAUGAAGAUGAAAAGAACACUGAGGAAGAAACCAACGAAGAAUCUAUUAGUCAAGAAAAUAGUAACGGAGAAGACGAUUCUGAGAACGAUGACAAACAAAUGAAACAAUUUAAAAAAUCACUUAAAAGGCAAAACGAAGAAUCAGGUAUUGACGAAGAAAACGGCACAGGGCAAGAUUUAAAUGAAGAUGAAGAUGACGAAGUAGACAGUGAUGAACUUAUAAUGAAGAAGAAUAAAAAUCAAGAAGAGAGUGUGGAGGCCUUAGAAGACGAAGUAGAGACAGAAGACGGAGCUAAACUGUUCUUCAAGCGACUUUUUAGAACUUUAGUCUAA